UUUCUCGCAACAAAAAACAAAAGCUAACCCAGAAAAAUUUCCCAAGAUCCAGUCGAGAAAAUUCAGUUAAAAUCCCGACCCCAAAAAGAUUUCCUCUCUCUCUCUCACUAUCCCGCCCAAUUCCCGUCUCUUUCUCUCUCUAGAGUCAAUUUUCUCUCUCUAGGGCUUACCUAGUCCCCAAUGUUUCUCCCAUCUUAAUUUCUCCAAAUUCUCGAUCCCAAUUCUGCCCUAGAAUUCUCGACUGGCUUUCGCCACCCCAAUGGAGGAAGAGAAGGGCGGCAGCGGCGAAUCCUCCAGGCCUUCGUCCAAGUUUGUGAAAGCCGGUGACCGGCAAAUGUUCACGGUGGAUCUCCGGCCCGGCGAGACCACCAUAGUCUCGUGGAGGAAGCUCAUGAAGGACACGAACAAGGUCAAUGGUGGGCCCCCGACCUCGGCACCGGAACCUCCUCCUGUCAACGCUCACCCUGCUCUCGAGUCUCGGAUAGCUCCGUUGUUUCAGGUCCAACAACCAUCUGGAGAUGAAGCAAAAGAUGAAGGGAAAGAUGAAGCUGCGCCAAAUCGUUUUAGCGCUGUUAUUGAGAAGAUUGAACGCCUAUAUAUGGGUAAAGAUAGUAGUGAUGAUGAAGGUCCAAAUGAUGUUCCUGAUGAUGAUCAGUAUGAUACCGAAGACUCUUUUAUUGAUGAUGCUGAGUUGGAUGAAUAUUUUGAAGUUGAUAAUUCAGCCAUAAAACAUGAUGGAUUCUUUGUAAACAGGGGAACGCUGGAGCGCAUUAAUGUACCUGCUGCAUUACCUAACCAACAACCAAAAAAAAGGCGAAGAAAAGAGGCUAAAGGACCUGGGGAAAAUGAUGACAUUCAUGUGCCAAAUAAACACACAAAAGUUGGUAAGACAGCAGCAGCAAAGAUUACACCAACACUUGUGAAGAAUUCAUCUACUCCUACUCAAACCAUUACUGGAACCAUUGAACACCGUGCAGAUGUGAAAUUUCAGAAUCAGUUGAAUGUUUCUGGACCUUCAUCCACAAGGAAGUCUACUGAAUCCAAAACAGUAAUGGACCCUUCGUUUAUGAAAGUGUCAGACGGAGAUGCUUUUGUACUGCAAGCGGAUGUGAAGGAUAUAGAUAAGCAGAAGGCAGGAGUCCUCUUGUCCAAAGACUCAAGUAACAAAUUUAAAGAUGCAGGUGGAUCAUGUGAUGGUUCAUAUCAGAGAUACCAUGACAAAAGUGCUUAUGCACAAACCAAACACCAAUCUGGGAGAGCAUCAAGUAAUGUUGAUGAGUUGGAAUCAUUGGUUCGGGCCAAACAUAAAAAUGGGAUUCGUGAGAUUCCGGACCUUAAUCUCUCAGAUGGAAAGUACUCUCUUCCAACAACUAAAUCUUCACAUGUGCACAAAAAGGAUGGCUCUAGUAUGAAGUCCAAAAGUUCAAUGCUUGAAAAGGCUAUUAGGGAGUUAGAGAAGAUGGUAGCUGAAUCUAGGCCACCUGCUGCGGAUAAUCAAGAGGGAGAUAAUUCAUCCCAAGCAAUUAAAAGGAGAUUACCUAGAGAACUAAAGAUGAAACUUGCUAAAGUUGCUAGACUAGCGCAGGCUAGCCAUGGGAAAAUAACAAAAGAGUUACUUAACCGGCUUAUGAGUAUUCUUGGUCACUUAAUACAGCUCAGAACAUUAAAGAGAAACUUAAAGGUCAUGAUUAGUAUGGGUAUUUCAGCAAAAAAGGAGAAAGAUGAGAGGUUUCAACAUGUAAAGAAGGAAGUUAUAGAUAUGAUUAAGAUAAAGGCCCCAUCCUUGGAAUCCAAGGCAUUGGAACAACAAGCUGGAGCAUCAGAUGAUUUUCAAGAAACUGCUUCUGGAACAAAAGAGCUUUCGAAAAGAAAAUUUAGCAUGGAUGCUGCAUUGGAGGACAAGAUUUGUGACCUCUAUGACCUUUAUGUUGACGGGCUGGAUGAAGAUGCAGGUCCGCAAAUAAGAAAGCUGUAUGCCGAGCUAGCGGCAUUGUGGCCUAAUGGUUUCAUGGACAAUCAUGGGAUCAAACGCGCAAUUUGUAGGUCAAAAGAGAGAAGGAGGGAGCGAUACAGCCGAAAUAAAGAGCAGGAGAAAAUUAGGAGGAAAAAGAUGUUGACACCACGAACAGAAGAGACUAUUCGAGUUGAGAGGUCAAUUACCCAGCAACUAUUAAUGCAAGAGAGAAUGGCAACUGAACAAAACAGUCAGAGCCCGACAAACAAGCCGACAUCUGGUACAACAGCAGCCUUGGGGGUACCUGGUCCAAUAAACGGUCCUAGCUUUGACAGACUUAAACAAGAGAAGCUCAAGGGAAGUUCAAGCAGUUCCGCAGACGACACACGGGUUGGAGACGGUGCAUUGACGAAGAAGAAGACGAAGAGGAAGCCAGAACAAGAAUUGGAUGAAAGUCGUAUCCGCCCGGAGAAAUUACCUUCUCAGUCGGGGGAGGAAAGGCACAAGUCCUUAAAGCCGGCGGCCGGGCCGCCCCAUAAAUCGAACCUCCAGUCCACAGUUGUUCCAAGUGUGGAGCAGUCUAGCUGACAUAAUAUAUAGCAGACUAAUUAGAAAAUUUACUGCAUGGUUGGUGCCCUAUGAUAUGAUAUGAUGGAUCUGAGAUUUGCCCUUUAAAUAGAGUGCAAAAAGCUGUGUUUUUACUUUUAAUUUUGCAAUCUAGUUUUCUACUGUUCUUUCUUUUUCCAA